AUGGAUAAUGACAGUCAAUGCACGAGGGUGAAGAUACUCUUAAACUUCAGUAUGAUGGAUGCUUCCCAGUUGCCUUCUUCAGUUUCUGCUCCUCAGGAAGCUUCCAAUUAUGAUGAGCUCUCCACGAAACAGAGCUUGAACUUUUUAGAUAGCCUGAAGGACCUGAAGGAUCUUAGGAAGCAGUUAUACUCGGCAGCUGACUAUUUGGAAUUGUCUUACGACAGACCUGAUCAGAAACAAUUAGUGGUGAACACAUUAAAAGAUUAUGCGACGAAAGCUUUCAUAGACACUGUGGAUCACUUGGGCUCCAUGACUUAUAAGGUCAACUGUCUCCUGGAUGACAAGAUUGAGGAAGCAUUUACAAUUGAGCUCAGAUUCUCUUGCGCUCUACAGAGACGCUGA